AGGCGCGGGCGGCCCUCGGGCGGGGAGGGCAGCGCCCCCAUGGGGCCGCAUGGGGAGGGCCCCGUGGCGCCUCAGGCCGGGCUGGCGCUGGCGCCGCCCGGCUGGCGGGCGGGCGGCGAGGCGGAGGCUGGGGCCGGGUGGCGUGCCGCGGACGGGCGGUGGCGCGCCCUCGGGGCCGCGGAGCUGCCGCCGGGCUGGGCUACCGAGGAGGCGGAGCCGGAGCCGCCGGGCUCGGAGGCGUGCUUCGCCGCGCUCCUGCACGGCGACUGCGACCAGUGGCUCGCCUACGCCUGCGUGCUAGGCCGCAGGCUGAAGGAGACGUCACCAGGCCCCGACCGGGCGGCUCGCCGCGCGCAGGGCCUCUCCCCGGCGCGCUCCCGCAGUCCGGGGCCAGUGCAGAUUAGUGCUUUAGGCACUGCAGAGUUUCGUCGCGCUUCAUUCGCCUCAGGACCACGUGUGAUCGCAGCCGCCACCGCGCACAGCGCCGGUGACGUGCUUCGGGCGUCGGCCCGAGGUCGACGCUCCGCAAAGCAUCUCGUGCUGUCCACAGUGCUCGGGGCGAAGGUCCGCAUGCCUCAGGACCGGGUGGCGCAGGUGGAAGCCAUGGUGCAGGAGGUCCAGACGCGGGACGUGGCGACGUAUUUGCCGGAGCAAUACUAUCUGGCAGAGAGGAUCGCGGACUGGACGAACCUCGGCUCUGCGUGGAACUGGGAGGUCUGGCCGGAGUGGGACGACCCCGGCUUCCUGGUGCCGCGGGCGAAGGCGCUCCGGCAGGCGCGCGAGGGCGGCUGGUCCGGAUACUACGUCGCCGGCAGCACCCCGAGCCCGCAGGCCGUGCUGCAGCAGGUGCGCGUCUGGCACUUCAGCGGUAACGGCGUGGACGAAACGGCGCCCUGGUGGUUCCAGGACAG